UCAGGAGGAUGGCGCGGAAAGUUGUCACACUGCACUGUGUAGCUCUCAGCUUAUAUUAGUUUUGUUUACAUUUUCCUUGGGCGACAGUGACUCUUUUUCUGCCAUGAGUGUGUUGGAGGUGAAGUUCAUUGGUGAUGGAGAUGCUCUGGAGCACAUCGUGGACAAACAGGAGGGUGUCCCGAGCAGCAGUGGGGCUGUCCAGAAGAUGGUCUCGUUUAAGAGCCAAGCUGGACGUCGGCCCAAAGAGGAUGCACAACAUGAUGGGGAUGAAAAUGUAUUCCUUGAUGAGCAACAUUAUAUAGAAGCUCUAGGAACAGAAAAUGCAGAAGGGAAUUCCCACAGAUGGGCUGAAACAGUAUCACAAUGCAAAGAUGAUGAGGGAGUGCACAGAGUGGCUGGAUCGUCCAUUUUCUCCUUUCAGAAAUCCAGGCGUGGACACAGCAUGGCCCUGACUGCAAGUGAGUUGGCCAGGACUCCCGGGAAAAAAGUGUCCUUCGGCUCAGCCCCCGACAUUGAGCCCUCGACUCCUACCAGGAAAGGCCGCAACAACAAAGGUGAAAUCAGGACGCCACAGAAGAGCAAGAAGGUUCAGUUUGUCUCCACAACCCCCCACAGGCUCAGGAAGAGAAUCACCACUCCAAGCGUGCAAGACAGCGAUAGCGAGCUGUCGCCCUCUGACUCUGGGGAGGACGACGAUGAAGACGGGCUGGAGGAAGAAAAGAAAGUGAAGAAAGAGGACAAGGAGAACUUAAAGACUCCAAAAAAAGGAUCAUCUGCAGCUCUCUACAAGACCCCCGCCAAGAAGAGCAAGUCCGAAGCCCUCAACCAGCCCAGUAUGGUGGAGGAGUAUUUCGAAGCCCAUGGCAACUCUAAGGUGUUGACGUCAGACCGGACCCUGGAGCGGCUACACACCCCCAAACUGGACAGGGAGAUGUUGGGGCAGCUUUUAGGGGAGAAGCCGUCCUGCUGCGCCAAAGAGAUCCAGCAGCUCUACAGCAAACACAGAAAGCACUUUAGCAAAUGGAUGUUACAGUUACAGUUGGGAUUCAGUGUGAUCGUCUACGGUUUGGGCAGCAAAAAGUCUCUGCUGGAGGACUUCCGUGUGUCUCACUUGGCUCAGGAAAUCCACCUCGUGGUCAACGGAUUCUUCCCCUCCAUUACUCUUAAAUCGAUCCUAAAUGCUCUGACAUGUGAGGCUCUAGAGCACGAGGGAAGUUUCCGGACCCCCUCAGACCAGAUCCAGUUCAUCGCUCAGACCCUAAAAGACAGCCCAGACCUCCAUCUGUACCUGAUAAUCCAUAACAUCGAUGGACCAACGCUACGAGGAGAGAAGACCCAGAGUGCACUGGGGCAGCUGGCAUCCCUGCCCAACCUGCACUUGGUGGCUUCUUUGGACCACAUUAACGCUCCAUUGGUGUGGGACCAGUUUAAGCAGAGCCAGUUCAACUGGCUGUGGUGGGAGUGCGUGUCCUUCCAGCAUUACACAGAGGAAACGUCUUAUGAAAACUCGCUCCUGGUGCAGCAGACCGGCGCUCUCGCCCUGUCCUCGCUCACACACGUGCUACGCAGCUUGACACCCAAUGCAAGAGGAAUUUUCAAACUGUUGGUGAAUUUCCAGCUGGAAAACAAAGACAACCCUUCAUACACAGGAUUGUCAUUCCAAGAUUUCUACCAGCGUUGUCGAGAGUCGUUCUUGGUGAACUCUGACCUCACGCUCAGGACUCAGCUGACCGAGUUCAGAGACCACAAACUCAUUCGCACACGCAAGGGUGCAGACGGAGUGGAGUACCUGAUCGUCGCUGUGGAUCCGGGCACGUUGAUGGAUUUCCUGGAGAACGAAGAGGGGGACUGAAAAGAGAGGACUUGUGUAAAUCUGCUACUGACUCUACCAGCAAAUCAAUAUUUUGGUUGCUUCCAUCACUGAUAUAAAUGCCCACUUGAAUACAUCUAAUAUUUGAUGUAAAGUUUCACUUGUCAAUAAUGCCCCCAUUGUUGCACUGUGACAUUUACACCUUGUGCUUUAAUGUAUAUGUUUUCAGACAGCAUCUGUUUAAUUAAAACACUUUGUGAGUUAUGCAA